CAGAGCAAGGAGAGACAGGAUCACCUCAGAAACCUCAUCUGUCUGGAAACAAAACCAAUAAAAACCACACUCCCACCGCCAUGGCUUGCCGUGCUCCCUGCUGCUGCAGCGUCCCCACCGGCCCUGCCUCCACCAUCUGCUCCUCUGACAAAUGCUGCCGCUGCGGAGUCUGCCUGCCCAGCACCUGCCCACACACCACUUGGUUGCUGGAGCCAACCUGCUGUGACAACUGCCCCCCACCCUGCCACAUUCCUCAGCCCUGUGUGCCCACCUGCUUCCUGCUCAACUCCUGCCUGCCCACCCCAGGCCUGGAGACCAUCAACCUCACAACUUACACUCAGCCCUGCUGUGAGCCCUGCCUCCCAAGCUGCUGCUGACCGAUGGCUGCUUCGCCCAGUGCCUGACAUUGAAAGAGUCAACCCAGAAGCUUUAGUGUUCGCCUGUC